AUGCCCAGCACUAAAACCUUGAUAUUCGGCGCAACAGGCGCCGUCGGCUCAGCUGCGGCCCGCACAGCUCAUGGCCAUGGCGCCGAAGUCAUCCUUGCAAGCCGAGGCAUUUCUAAGCCUAUUCCACGCCUCACUUCCGCCCAAGAACAAGCUGGUGGCUUCAAAAGGGUCCAAGCCGAUCUCUUGAACCCCGACAGCGUUCGUGCGGCAGUAACGAAGAGCGGAGCAAAGCACGCGUUCAUUUACGCCGCUCUCCAAAGCACCGACUAUAUGCGAGCCACCGUCGAAGCGCUAAAAUCCGCAGGCAUUGAAUUUGUUGUCUUCUUGAGCAGCAGCAGUAUCCAGCAUGACCAGGAGCCUGAAGAGCGAAGUAAUCCUAUUGCUUACAAGCAUCGGCAGAUUGAGAAGAACAUAGCGGAUAUAUUUGGGCCGCAGAGAUGGGUCACAGUGAGACCCGGGUGGUUUGCCAGCAAUACACUGCAAUGGAAGCCGAUGAUUGCUGAUGGUGAGGUGAAGAUUUUGUAUCCAGAUGCCACGUUUGACAUGAUCUCACCUGAGGAUAUUGGGAGAGUUUGUGGUGCGAUUACCGUUGGAGGUUGGAAGGCGGCGGGAAAGGAUAUUAUAUAUCUGUGUGGGCCUGCAAUUCGAUCUCAGAGAGAUGCUGUAGCGGCUAUUGGGAAGGUGUUGGGAAAAGAUCUCCGAGUCGUUGGACUUAAUGAAGAUGCUGCCUUCGAGAAGAUAGCGAACCAUUUUGCUGCAGCAGGUGUGCCGGAAUCUGCUACCAAUGAUGCCGCUACCUUCUUCAUAAAUGUUUUGAAGGGUAGAACCCCGGGCGAUACAUUUACUAGUUGUAUCUAUAUUGGUCCUGCACAUAAGGAAGGCCAGGAUAACAUUUUGGGGUAUGGAGGACAGAAGGCAACGACAUUCGAAGAGUGGGUUGCUGAAAACAGGCAGGACUUCAUUUGA